AUGAUGACACCCGAAGAAGCUGCGAAGACAUUUUUCAACACUGACAAAUACCCUUUCAACGACCAGGCAAAGCAGAUUAUCUAUGUCGUAUCCAACAUUUUCUGGAACAACACCCCGUUUCCUACUGAUGAAUUUCGACCGCUAACUCAGAACGAAGACUUUGGCGCGACGUACUCGUAUAUUCUGGAGAUAAAUGCAGCCGGAGACAUAUGCGGAAGCGAGUGGGUAAAUAAAACUAUUCAUGCGCAUGCCGACUUUUUGUAUGUGGUAAAGGAAAAACCUGCUGCUGACCUGGUGACGAGUGUUGGGUUUAGCUACGCCAACGUGUUAAAACUGAUUGAGAUGUCGGCUGCGUGCACGAAUACGAUCCAAAUUGCGAACUAA